AGCCGAUGUUAGCCUCACAUCCAAGGUCACGCUCGUUUUAAACCGACCGCCAGUAGCAAUACUUCAACAAAAACGUCAAGUUUAGCUGGUUUGAACACAAAUAAUUAUUACAAAGUCCAUCAAUCUUUUCAUGUUCAUUCAAACGCUUAAAUGUGUCGAAGAAGAAGAGACAUAAACGCACCCGCCAUGUUGGUGUGUGGCGUUGAAGCAGGCAAGCUGUGGAGGCUCAUGGGAAGUGUAGUCGUUUUGUAUGCGUGACGUAUAAUUCCUGCGCACAUUGCUUGUAAACAGUCGCAGAGCGGGAGACGAGAAUGAAGAGGCACAAUGAAUGUUGAUUUAUUUACUAUAGGGUGUGCGCAGGUACAAAGUCAUUGAAGUUAGUGUUAUAUAAUGCCUUUUUGACUUUUUUGAUGAACUUUGAAGGCAUUAGUGUGCUUCGGUGACUUUGACUGAGCGUCAAUUUUAAGUGUGGCAGUGUUGUGAGCUUCCACCCGAAUUGGCAUCAGCUGUUCGGGCUUGAUUGCGAGGCGGUGCCGGUGUGAUUUAUGGUUCUCCCAGCCGGGAUUUUUUGAUUUGCAGCGGGGUUGGCUGUCGGGGACCGGGCGUGCAAGAAGUGCAGUGUCGGCCUCUAAGAUCGGGUUGGCUGAGUGUUAAGCUCCCUUCGCUCCGCUACCGAAGCCACAGGCGCCGGCCCGCACUGCGUGCAGGGGACGUGCGUUGCAGAAAAUGGAAGACUUCUCUGGUUUGGCCCUCCCCCCUCUGUUUGGGGGGCACAUCCUGGAAGCUGAACUGGAGCCUGGCGGUGUCGAGCUGGGACCUGGAGAGGUGGAGUUGGGUCCGAGUGGCGGGGAGCUGCUGGAGAGCGCCGCCCCAGAGGACGCAGAGAGAAGAGCGCUGGACAAGCGGAAAUAUGCCACUCUCAGCAGACGAUGCAAGGAGAUCGAACAGGUGAAUCAGAAGAUCCUGGGUCGCCUUCAUCAAGUCCAAAGACUGACGCGGCGUUUGAAGAAAGAGCGGCGGUUCCUCAUGAAGACCCUGGACGCUCACGGAGAUGACUACAGGAACGCUCAGCUCACCGUGCUGCUGGAGGAUGAGCCCGGAGCGCCGUCGGAUCCCGCCGCCGGUUCUGCUGAUGAUGUCAUCAACGGCGCGUCUGGUUCUACCACCUCAUCUCCUGCCUUCCAUCCACCUACCACCUCCAAGAAGAGAAGACAUGUCACGCCAAGGCAAGACAAGGACAAAGAUCAUCCAACCGAAGCAGACAUGUCAGCGCUGGCAGACGCACAGUUUGGAGAAAUUCCCAGUCCGACCUCGCUAUCACACUGACCACUGCCCCUCCCCGCUUGCGUCAUGGAUGCUUUUUACUUGGACAAUGUUACUGUUUCCUUUUGGAUAUUUUAUGACAUCACAUGUCACAAAAUAAGAGGAUUCAUGUGUAAACCUGCUUUUUUUUUUGCUAAUUAAUUCUACUGUACGGUCUUUGUCUGCCAUCUUGUGGCGAUGUUGUGACAUUACAACUGCCAACAGCCAUAUUUAACCCAUCAUAUAAAGG